UCCACCACAAUUUCAUCUCCACAGCCAUUCUGUCAUCUCUGCCCUCACUUGGUUCCCAGGAACAUCCGGAAGCACACAGUACAGUUCUCUGCCUCACGGAGGGGCGGAUGAAAUACUUUCUCUCCCUCUCUCAGGGGUUUCCUGUUGAAAUAGUUGAAUUACCGGUGCUGUGCUGGGAGAAGCGUCAAAACACCUCAAACGGACAGACAGGUUUAUUUUAAACGACAUUUUACAACAUUUUACACUGAAGCUCUUCAACACUGUUUUUGUUGUCCACCUGUCGAGGAUGGCAAACUGAUGGCCUUUCUCAUGUUGGAGGCUAGCUGUUCACUCUGAAGGCGCAGGAUGAAAAGAUGGAACAGCUGCUUGUACCACCAGGUCCAGACAGCUUCCGUCCCUUUAGUCGUGAGUCUCUCAAAGCCAUCGAGAGCCGGAUUGCUGAGGAGAACGCAAAGAAGCCCAAGGGAGAGAAGAAAAAACGCAAUGAUGAGAAUAAGAUCAAGCCCAGCUGUGACCUGGAGGCGGGCAAAUCACUCCCUAUUCUGUAUGGGGACACUCCUAAAGGCAUGGUGUCGACACCGCUGGAGGACCUGGAUCCCUACUACUUUAAUCAGAAAACUUUCAUAGUAUUAAACAAAGGAAAAUGCAUCUUCCGCUUCAACGCCGCUCCUGCCUUGUACCUCCUGAGCCCCUUCAACCUUCUUAGAAGAAUAUCAAUUUGCAUUUUGGUACACUCAUUGUUCAGUAUGCUGAUUAUGUGCACUAUCCUCGCCAACUGUGCAGUUAUGACACUGAGUGGUCCGCCUACCUGGGCAAAGACUGUAGAGUACAUAUUUACUGCAAUCUAUACGCUUGAAUCCCUCAUUAAAAUUUUAGCUCGAGGGUUCUGCAUAGGGAAGUUCACGUUUCUUAGAGAUCCCUGGAACUGGCUGGAUUUCAGUGUCAUUGUCAUGGCGUAUGUAACAGAGUUUGCAAACCUAGGCAAUUUUUCAGCUCUUCGCACAUUCAGAGUGCUGAGAGCUUUUAAAGCUAUUUCAGUUAUCCCAGGCCUGAAGACCAUCGUUGGUGCAUUGUUCCAGUCAGUGAAGAAGCUUGCCAAUGUGAUGAUUCUCACCGUCUUCUGCCUGAGUGUCUUCGCCCUAAUAGGGUUACAACUGUUUAUGGGCCAUUUAAAGCACAAGUGUGUCCGGGACCCAAUACAUGCUAAUUCCACCUUGAAUGGUACAUCACAUGGGAACUACACAAAUAGCACUGACGCCUGGAAUGCUUACAUCGCUAAUGAGACAAAUCAUUAUUACCUUCCAGGAAAAAAAGAUCCAUUGCUUUGUGGCAAUAGCAGUGAAGCUGGGCGGUGUCCAGAGGGUUUUUUGUGCUUCAAAGUGGGAAAGAACCCAGACUAUGGUUACACCAGUUUUGACUCAUUUGGUUGGGCCUUCCUCUCUCUGUUUAGACUGAUGACACAGGAUUACUGGGAGAAUCUUUACCAGCAGACGUUGCGGGCAUCUGGAAAGCCCUACAUGAUUUUUUUUGUGCUGGUGAUAUUCCUUGGUUCCUUCUACCUGAUCAACCUGAUCUUGGCUGUAGUAGCUAUGGCCUACGAGGAGCAGAGCCAGGCCACCAUAAAAGAGGCGAAGGAGAAGGAGGAACAGUUUCAGGCCAUGCUUGAGCAGCUGAGACGGCAGCAAGAGGACGCUCAGGCAGCAGCUGCUGCCGAGGGUGGGGAGGCCAGCGAUAAAGCCGUUGGCCCAGAGAGCUCCUCUGACAAUUCCAAGCUCAGCUCCAAAAGUGCUAAAGAGAGACGCAACAGGCGAAGAAAAAUGAAGGAGGAGGGCAAAGGGGGUGAAGGGAAGGUUCCUAAAUCCGAGUCACAGGACAGUAUGAAGAAAGCUCGCUUCCGCUUCUCUGUGGAUGCAAACCAGCUCAACUAUGACAUGAAAAGCUCAUCCGCACAUCAGGCUGACACCACUGACACAGAAUACAGACAGGCCGGCGGAGGAACACACCAGGAGUUUAUGGACUACCUUGAGGGCCCAGAGGCUAGACAGAGAGCUCAUAGUAUAGCAAGUGUCAUAACCAGCACAAUGGAGGAGCUUGAAGAGUCGAGGCAGAAGUGUCCUCCUUUCUGGUACGAUUUUGCCCACACCUUCCUCAUCUGGGAAUGUUGUCCAGCAUGGCUGAAGAUCAAGAAGCUGGUUAAAUUAAUUGUGAUGGAUCCAUUUGGGGACCUUACCAUCACCAUCUGCAUUGUACUCAACACAUUGUUUAUGGCCAUGGAGCAUUAUCCAAUGAGCACAGGUUUCACCUAUAUGCUGUAUGUGGGCAAUGUGGUAUUUACUGCAAUCUUCACGGCUGAAAUGGUUCUCAAGAUCAUUGCUUUGGACCCAUACUAUUACUUCCAGGAGAGAUGGAAUAUUUUUGAUGCAAUCAUUGUCAGUUUAAGCUUGAUGGAGCUGUGUUUGGAAAAAGUGGGUGGCAUGGCUGUUCUGAGAUCAUUCAGAUUGCUGAGAGUAUUCAAGUUGGCUAAAUCGUGGCCCACUCUUAACACACUGAUCAAAAUAAUUGGUAAUUCAGUGGGGGCUUUGGGCAACCUGACGCUGGUGCUGGCCAUUAUCGUCUUCAUCUUUGCUGUAGUGGGCAUGCAGCUAUUUGGAAAAUACUACAAGGAAAAUGUGUGUAGAAUCUGCAAAAAUUGCACUCCGAAACGUCUGCCCCGUUGGCACAUGAAUGACUUCUUCCAUUCAUUCCUCAUUGUGUUCCGAGUGCUUUGUGGAGAGUGGAUAGAGACCAUGUGGGACUGUAUGGAGGUGGCUGGGAUGCCCAUGUGCAUCAUUGUCUACAUGAUGGUCAUGGUUAUUGGAAACCUUGUGGUGCUGAACCUGUUCCUGGCCCUGCUGCUCAGUUCAUUUAGUGCUGACAACCUGGCAGCGACAGAAGAUGACAGCGACAUGAACAAUUUGCAGGUUGCCAUUGGACGGAUUCACAAAGGCAUUGCCUUUGUCAAGUCUCUGCUUCGAAACAGCUGCAACAGUGUCUGUCUCAGGACAAAGAAGAAAGGGAAAGGUGAGGACAAAUCCCUGGAUGAGCUACACAAACCUUUCGGGCCGAAUGGUGUCCCCAACCACAUCAUCAAAGAUUUUCCUAAGAAUGGAAAUGGGGAUGUGACCGGAGUGGACAAAACUGGAGACAAGUACAUAGUCAGCAGCAAGAGUGAUGAUUCUAUAAUGUCUUUCAUCAACAAUCCUAGUCUGACUCUCACUGUUCCUAUUGCUGUGGGAGAGUCUGACUUUGAAAACCUCAACACGGACGACUUCAGCAGUGCCUCGUCUGAUGCAGCAGGAUGCCAUGUGAUUGUAGAUGACGAUGACCAGUCCAGCUCCUCUGAGGGCAGCACAAUAGACGGUGUGCCAGGCGGGGAGGGAAGAGACUCUGUAGACUUUGAAUUGGAAGAAUCUAUGGAACCGGACGCAUGCUUUCCUGAUGGCUGUGUGCAAAAGUUCCCAUGUUGUCAGGUAAAUGUCGAAGUGGGCUGGUGGAAGGUGUGGUGGACGCUUAGAAAGACCUGUUACCACAUCGUGGAGCACAACUGGUUUGAGAGCUUUAUCAUCUUCAUGAUCCUGCUUAGCAGUGGAGCACUGGCAUUUGAGGAUGUCUACAUUGAGAAGAGGAAGACCAUUAAAACGAUGUUGGAGUUUGCAGAUAAAAUCUUCACCUACAUCUUCAUUCUGGAGAUGUUACUGAAGUGGGUGGCGUAUGGAUAUGCCAAGUAUUUUACAAAUGCCUGGUGCUGGCUGGACUUCCUCAUUGUUGAUGUCUCACUGGUCACGAUGGUAGCCAACGCCAUGGGAUGUUCUGACCUCGGUCCCAUCAAGUCUCUGAGAACCCUGCGAGCUCUGAGGCCACUGAGGGCCCUGUCUCGGUUUGAAGGCAUGAGGGUGGUUGUGAAUGCCCUGCUUGGAGCCAUUCCUUCCAUCUUCAAUGUGCUGCUGGUGUGCCUCAUCUUCUGGCUCAUCUUCAGCAUCAUGGGAGUCAACUUACUUGCGGGGAAGUACGGCCAUUGUGUCAACAGAACCUCGGAUGAAGAUUUCCUUCCAUCAGAAGUGAAAAACAAGACAGAAUGUGAGAAGUUUGACGAGGCUGCUCGCUGGAAAUACCACAAAAUCAACUUUGACAAUGUUGGCUUGGGUUACCUUGCACUGCUGCAAGUGGCUACAUUCAAGGGCUGGAUGCCCAUCAUGUAUGCUGCUGUGGACUCUCAAAGCAAGCAAGAACAUCAACCAGAAUAUGAAAACAACAUGUUCAUGUACAUAUAUUUUGUUGUUUUCAUCAUAUUUGGAGCCUUCUUUACACUCAAUCUCUUCAUUGGUGUCAUCAUAGACAAUUUCAAUCAGCAAAAGAAAAAGUUUGGAGGUCAAGACAUCUUCAUGACAGAAGAACAGAAGAAAUACUACAAUGCCAUGAAAAAGCUGGGGUCAAAGAAACCUCAAAAACCUAUUCCUAGGCCAUCAAACAAAAUUCAAGGAUACAUCUUUGACUUCACCACAAAACAGGCAUUCGAUAUUGUAAUAAUGGUUCUAAUAUGGCUUAAUAUGGUAGCCAUGAUGGUGGAAACUGAAGACCAGUCCAAACAAAAGGACAAUAUUCUCUACUGGAUUAAUGUAGUAUUCAUUAUCAUCUUCACUGGAGAGUGUUUGUUGAAGAUGAUUGCGCUCCGCCAUUACUUUUUCACAAAUGGUUGGAAUGUGUUUGACUUCAUUGUUGUCAUCCUGUCAAUCAUUGGUGUGUUUCUCUCAAAACUGAUAGAGGAGUAUUUUGUUUCGCCAACCUUGUUCAGAGUCAUCCGAUUGGCUCGGAUUGGUCGCGUCCUCCGCCUUAUUAAAAGCGCCAAAGGAAUCCGCACACUCCUGUUUGCCUUGAUGAUGUCACUUCCUGCCUUGUUCAACAUUGGUCUUUUGCUCUUCCUGGUGAUGUUUAUCUAUGCCAUCUUUGGCAUGGCAAACUUUGCUUACGUCAAGAGGGAAGAAGGCAUUGAUGAUCUUUUCAAUUUUGAGACAUUUGGCAACAGCAUGAUCUGUUUGUUCCAGAUCACCACCUCAGCAGGGUGGGAUGGCCUACUUGCUCCCAUUCUCAACAAACAUGAAGAUGAUUGUAACAAUUCCACGGAGCAUCCUGGCAGUCCUGGUCAGGGAGACUGUGGAUCUCCUGCUGUGGGGAUUGCCUUCUUUGUGAGCUACAUCAUCAUCUGUUUCCUGAUUGUGGUGAAUAUGUACAUUGCAGUUAUCCUAGAAAACUUUGGUGUGGCCACUGAGGAGAGCACAGACCCACUAAGUGAGGAUGAUUUUGAAACAUUUUAUGAGGUCUGGGAAAGGUUUGAUCCUCAUGCAACACAGUUCAUGGAGUACAAUAAGCUGUCAGAAUUUGCAGAUGCUCUGGACCCACCAUUACGCAUAGCCAUGCCUAACAAGCUGGAACUGAUCUCUAUGGAUUUACCCAUGGUGAACGGCGAGCGGAUUCACUGCCUGGACAUCCUGUUUGCAUUCACAAAACGUGUUCUGGGCGAGGGUGGGGAGAUGGACAUCCUAAGGGGGCAGAUGGAGGAGCGCUUCAUGGCCUCCAAUCCUUCCAAAGUGUCCCAUGAACCCAUCACUACCACCCUCCGCCGCAAACAGGAGGACACGUCAGCCAUUGUCAUCCAGAGAGCAUUCAAAAAGUAUGUAAGAAAGCAUGCUGCCGUAAAGGCCUUAUACUCAUCCAGUAACAAUAUUAAAAAAGAUGAAACACACAUUGACAAAGAGGAUCUUGUCACAGACAAACUCCAAGACAUUUCUAGUGCCGAUAAAAGUGAACUGAUUCCUUCAACGGCCCCUCAACCUUCAUGUAACAGUGUGACAACAAAUGGAAAAAACAAAUAUGAAAAAGACAAAAGUGAAAAGGAGGUUGAGGGCAAAGAUGUCAAAGAGUAAUAAAAGAAUGCUGGAGAUGCAACAAAGACAUUGUAAUUAAUGACAAAAUGUUUACAACCUUAGAAAGUGACUAAGACAUCCAUUGGACUCCAUUCCUUAGUAUGGAUAUCUAUGCCAAACUGACCAUGCUUACUUGAGUCUAAAGGUUAGUGUAAAGCGGCUCAUUCAGGCUGUAGUGGGGCAAUGUUGGCUGUGUUCAGGAGCAAGGAUGUUUGUGGGGAUGGCUAAGUGUUCUGAAAGACACAGUAGUUAAUGCUUUAAAUUCUAUUGCAGCUAGUUCUGCUAUCCAGUGUCUUGAAUUAUUGUUAUAUCACUGUGUUGUAUUAAUUUACCUACCUUUUUUUCAAGCAGAAAAAAAACAAACAUUUUUUAUGUUAUUACUUCAUUCACAGUUUGGUUAAUUUCGUUUUUAUACACUUUUCAAAAGUUGUGGUCCUUCAGGGGUAGUCUUUACAACGAGAAGCAUUUCUUUCAGACUAGUCUUGCUUGCUCAUAGCGCUUAAAAUACUUGACAGAUCCAAGACACCACGUUGGAGUUGCUGCAGUUAACUAGAAAUGUAGACCUGCAUGAAUCUUACUCCAUGAUUAUGCAUGCUAGAGUGUACUAUUUUCAUCAUGCUUUCUCCCUGACCAUCAUGCUUCUAGCUUCAAGUAUACUGUACAGUCACAACAUGGCUGUUUCUUAAUCUGGGAUGAGUUUAGCCUACAGUCCAAACAAAUUCAGCCGAGUGUGUUGAUUAUGUUUGAUUAUCAAUGUCAGAGCAGUAACACUUGACAGAAAUACUUUGCACAUUCAGUUUUUUUUUUGUUUUUGUUUUUUUAACCUUUAUUUAUUCAGGGAAGGUUCACUGAGAGGCAACCUCUCUUU